CGUCCUAGCUGCAUGGGGGCCGUCUCUUAAAGUUAUAUCCACAAAUGGCGACCUGCAAUGGUUGGAAGCUCUGCCGCAACCAGCUGAAAUUUGUAGAACCUAUCUUAUUCAUUUAGAAGACUUCAGCAUUGCAAAGAGAAGGAUUCGCCAUGGAGAUCUUUGCAGCCAUAGAAUCAUGUGGGAACCCCGGCCUGCAAGCCCGGUUCAAGAAAGCAAUGAGCCACAUUGAGCGCACGAUCGAGUUGUAUGGCUGCGACGCGCUGGCAUUCAGCUUCAACGGUGGAAAAGAUUCAACUGUCCUCUUGCAUCUCCUCAGAGCAGGCUACGCGGCGGCAGACAGCUCAAGCCACACUCUGUUGAAAGGCCAGGCGAGCAAUGGUCCAGCGGUCACCCAAGAGCACCCCAUACGGACGAUCUAUUUUGAGAAUCCGGAAACAUUUCCAGAAAUCCAUUCGUUCACUGUGGACUGCGCACAACGGUAUCACCUAGCGCUCGAAACGAUCCGGCUAGACUUCCUUAGCGGUUUGAAGAAAGUCCUUGCAGAGCGGCCAAUCAAGGCGAUCUUCCUGGGAACUAGAGCGGGGGACCCAAACGCGCGCGGCCAGGAGGUGUUUGCUCCGAGCAGCAAGGGCUGGCCCGCCUUCAUGAGGGUCAACCCGAUCCUAGAUUGGUCGUACCAUGACGUGUGGGACUUCCUGCUCGCCUGCCAAGUCUCCUACUGCAGCCUCUACGACGUCGGCUACACAUCGAUCGGAAACAUCCACGACACGAUUCCAAACCCCGCGCUCCGGAUCGAAGAAGACGAGACAACCCCGGAAGCGAGCGGAACGGGGCAGCCGAACGGAAACGGUCUUACAGAGAGCGUCGGAACGGACGGGUACCGUUACCGCCCUGCCAACGAACUGCGGGACGGGAGGUUAGAACGCUCAGGCAGGUUCAAGAAGAAGGUGACGUCAGCGGAGGGGAAGGCUGGGGGUGCUGACGUCAGCGCGUCGGAACGGCGAGGGGAGGUGUCGACGAGCGGGCAGGAGAAGGGGGCAAUCAUGGUGGCCUCGGUUAUCGUUGUGGGAGACGAGUUGUUGCGGGGUGACGUCAGCGACUUCCGGGCACCCCUCCUGAGCAAGCGGCUGCGGGCCGCGGGGUGGCUGCUGCGGCGCGUCGUGGUCGUGCCGGACGAUAUUGACGCCGUCUUUGCCGAGGUGCAGCAGCACGCGCGGGACAGCGAUCUCGUCCUGGUUAGCGGGGGAGUCGGCCCCGCCCUGUGUGACGUCACCCUUGACGGCGUGGCCAAGGCGUUUGACGUCAGGCUUACGUCCGAUGCGGAGUUGCUGGCGGAGUUGCAACGGAUUCACGGGACGGACAAUACGCCUACCUUCCUGAAGUUGGCCGAAGUUCCGGAAGGCAUAACCGAGCUGUUGCCGACUUCGGGGGAUGCUUUUCCUCUCCUGAAAGUGAAGAACGUCGUCGUUGUCUCGGGCCGGUCGCCGGUUCUCGAAGCACAGCUGGCGGCGCUCGAGGAGCUGAGCCGCGGCCGGCGGGACUUGCUCAAACCCCUUAAACCCUUCGUGACGCGGACCGCGGAAAUAGAGGCGACCGACCGGGAGGCUGCGGCGGCGAUGCUGCGGACGAUGCGGGACUUCCCGGGCCUGCAGAUUGGGUAUUUCCACACGGACAGCCAUCCAACUGACACGAAAGACCGCUUCACUUUGACUAUUGACGGCAAGAGUUCGGCAGAAGUGUCAGCCGCACUUCAGACCUUCUCAGAUGCAUUGGAUGACGCACGGAGACAAGGGUCAAAACCAUCCGAAGGGGCAGUGCAAAGAUAGCAGCCGAGUCUUGGCACGAAUUGUCACGCCCAUUUGCGUGCCAAUUAUUUGCCAACAAUGCAGAUACCAAUACUGGUAUUGAACUCACUGAAGUGGCAGUCUCUUAGUUGUUCUAGUGGCGUUCAACUACAAGAACACAGGCUGAAAGGUGCAGGUCCAGUUAAUACACGUCGAUCAUCUCUGGGCUAUCGCCAAGUGUCCGCAAGUUGAGAGGCGGCCUGAAAUACCAAUUUGAAAACAGGUUUGAGGGUUGAUAACCACAUGGGCACGCUUCAGUAUAAUAUUGAAUACACAAAGAGUGUCCGAUUGACGAGUGGAAAAAUCCU